AUGUAUGAUGAUCCACCGGUGGAAGAUGAAAAUUUCAUGCUCCUUGUUAAAAGACUUGGUAAGUUCUUUGGUAAAAAUGAUAAAUCCUCUCAUGUAAAAAGUAAGAAACAUUUCAGGAAAAAGGAGGCUUCCACUUCAACACAAUAUGUCACAUGUUAUGAAUGUGGCAAGCAAGGUCAUAUAAAACCAAAUUGUCCUAAACUUUCCAAUAGUGGUGGUGUCAAAGGCAAAAAGUACUUCAAGAAUAAAAAGCCCUAUGUUGCAUGGGAAGACAAUGAGAUAAGUUCAUCAUCCGACUCCGAUAGUGACGAAAGUGCAAAUCUAGAAUUAAUGGCUUCACACCAUUUCAAUGAUGAGGAUAAUAAGGUUAGUAAUGAAUUUUCCAUUUAUGGUAAUGAUGCACAAGGUGCGAUAAACGAACUAUUGAAUGAAUGCAAAAUAUUAUGUAGAACCGUAUCAACACAAGAGAAACAAAUCAAAUCUCUUGAAGAAAAAAUGGAUACUAUGCAAAAAGAUUUAGAGGUUGAUAAGAAACAAUAUGUUGAUAAAGAAGAACAAAAAUCUACAUUUUGUAACAAAACUAUUUUUGUUAAGGCUAGUGACCAAACAUCCCAAGAGAAAGUUAACAAGCCUAAAGUGGUUCAUUACCAUCAUAGAUUUAGAAGUAACUUUGUUCCUACAUGUUUCUAUUAUGGUAUAAGUGGCCAUACACUUAAUGCUUUUUAUGUUAAUAACUUUAGUGUAGCAAGUGAGAAUUAUGUGUGGGUAUGCUUGGAGACCACAUCAAAUAUAUGGUAUCUCGAUAGUGGUUGUUCCAAUCAUAUGACGGGAGACAUCAACAAAUUUUCAAAUCUAAAGCUUAAGGCCGACGGUUAUGUUACUUAA